AAGUUUACAUUCUCUUCAAUCCAAACUCAAGUUGUGCCUAUUUAGAAUCAAGAUGGAGAAAUUUACAUUCAUACUGCUACUUUUGGCCACUUAUCAAAGGGUCAGUUCUGCUGCUAAGUGUGAGAUUUUGACACCAAUGGGGAUUGAGGGUGGAGAAAUAGGGAUUAUAAUGAUCCCGGGAGCAAACUAUCCUGGAGAGAGAUACAUUCCAUUAGCUUUGCGCAUACAAGAGUUGAUGGGCUCCAACAAAGUAUGGUUUGGCAUAACAGAGGGAUGGCUUCUUGAUACACCCAAUCCAGUUGAGAUUGCUGGAGCUAUAAAUGCUUGCAGAGACCAAGCUGAGGAUCUAAAUCUUGGGGGAAGGAUGUAUUUGGCUGGACACAGUCUGGGAGGAGUUAUGUUGGAGCAAUAUCUUCAGUCAGAGGAAAAUAUGGCACAAUAUUCUGGUGUCAUUCUCUUUGGAUCCUAUCUCACUGAUUUUUUGUUUGGCAUUGACAAUGGUUAUGAAGUGCCUGCUCUUACAGUUAUUGGCAGUAUUGAUGGCCUAUCUCUAACCUAUGCACUCAGGGAAUGGAAAGAAUCUGCUGAAGCUGAAACCGCUCUUGGUGUUACAAACAAGUAUCCAGUUUAUAUAGCUGAUGGAGUAAACCAUGCUCAAGUUGGCAGUGGGGAAGUUCCAGAUUUUGUUAAGGAGCGUGAUAUAGCUGCCAAGAUGUCAGAUGAAGAUGCCCAUGUUGUUUAUGCUGAAAUAGUAAAGUCUUUCCUCAUUCUUCAGAAUCAAGACAUAUCUGAUUCUACUGAUAUCAAGAUAGCUUUAGAAAAAACUGAAGAAUUAAAGGCUUACACUGCUGAAUUUUUAGCCCCCUUUAUUACCGCAUCUUUGAUGGAAACUGAGGAAGAUAACUGGAUGAUUAGGGGUCAGAAAAUUCUGGUUUCUUCAAGUUCUGAGGAACUACAGGGUCUUGAGGUUGUUAAUCUUGUUGUUCCAUUUGAAGAUCUUGGAGAUGCAAAACCCUCUGUUGUAUCUGCAAAUUGCACAGCUGUUGUGACCACCUAUUCCCAACCCCAAUAUGACCUGGACCUGUUUGAUGCUGCAACCCUAAAAUCUGCAUCAGUGAUUAAAGCCAAGUUCAAGAUUGAGGAUGUUUUGAGGGAAAAUCUUUGCCUGCCUGAGGUGCCUAGAAAACAGUGCAAAGAUAUCAAUAUUCAGGCUUUAGAAGUUGCAAUGUCCUUGGCAUCAGAGGAUGCUCUUGAGAGGUUUAAUGAAGUUGGAACUAAACUUAUCUUUACAGAUGAUUCAGUGAGUCCUUGGGGCCCUGGCUGGGAGUUUAGCUCUGGACUUCAUUAUAAAAAAAUUAAUGAAACACACACUAGUCUCUAUUCCACAUCACUGAUCUCGGAACCUGAUUUUAUAAUUGCAGUUGCUGCUGGUAUGCAUUACUGUGAUCUAUUAUCCCCAUACAGAGCGUUGGAAUGGAUAUACCUAACAUCUGUUAUUGGAAAAUAGUUACUUUUGAAAUAAAGAAUUUGCAAGAAAAUAA